UCGCAACAAGGUUAACGUUCACGAAAGAGACUGUACUCUCUCGCUCGCUCUUCCUUGCUGAUACUGCUAUACACCACAGCACCCAAUCAAUCUUCCAAAGUUAUCGUUAAUGGGGAUAAUUUACUACUAAAGGGGUUUGUGACGGCACAUAUAUUUUUUUGAUUUUCCCAUAAUUUUUGUUUGUUUCAAAUAAAUGUCUUCUAUAACGUUGAAAUCAUCGUUUUUCUUACCCUCUCAUUCUACUCCUUCGACUUCGUUUUUCCUGCCCGCUUCGAUCCGAUUCCCUCGGAAAUUGAAUCAUAAAGGAAGGUUUAGUGUUUUCAGAGCUCAACCUUUUGACAGUUCAGAAAAUAGUGAUCAAAAGAACAAUAAAAGUAGUUCCCCCAAUGCCGGCGACCCUAAAAUCCCCAAUGGCACUAUGCAUAAGAGCCGGAAGGAUAUCCUUUUGGAGUAUGUACAAAAUGUACAGCCGGAAUUUAUGGAAUUAUUCGUCAAAAGGGCUCCCCAUCAGGUAGUUGAUGCAAUGCGCCAAACUGUGACAAAUAUGAUUGGAACGCUACCUCCUCAAUUUUUUGCAGUAACAGUAACUAGUGUUGCGGAAAAUCUUGCACAGCUCAUGUAUAGUGUCAUGAUGACCGGAUAUAUGUUUAGGAAUGUGCAACAUCGGUUGGAAUUGCAGCAAAGCUUGGAACAGGUUGCUCUUCCUGAACCACAAGAAAAAAAGGAUGCACAAGAUUAUGCUCCAGGUACACAGAAAAAAGUGACAGGUGAUGUUAUAAGGUGGAACAAUAUCUCGGGUCCUGAAAAAAUAGAUGCAGUCAAAUACAUCGAGUUACUUGAAGCAGAGAUUGAUGAACUUAACCGCCAAGUAGCAAGAAAAACUGCUAAUGGACACAAUGAACUGUUGGAAUAUCUAAAAUCUCUAGAGCCUCAAAAUCUGAAGGAGCUAACAAGUAGUGCAGGGGAGGAUGUUGUGCUGGCUAUGAACACAUUUAUAAAGCGGCUCUUGGCUGUUUCGGACCCUAGUCAAAUGAAGACUAGUGUGACGGAGACAAGUGCCCCGGAACUUGCCAAGCUGCUUUAUUGGCUUAUGAUGGUUGGUUAUAGUAUUAGGAACAUUGAAGUUCGGUUUGAUAUGGAACGUGUACUCGGUGCAACAGCAAAGCUAGCCGAGCUACCUCCAGGCGAGAACAUCUAGGCGCCCAAUUGGAGCUUUGCGUCUUCUAGGAUGAGAAGCUUGGAGCUGUAUACCCUCUUACCACUGUGAAGGCAUUGUUUUUGUUGGUGACAUUACUACUUUUUAUAAGCUGUUCUGGUGAAUGUUAUGGAGAAUCAACUAAUAGAGGGAAGGCUUUUGGAUUCUUUCCUCCUGUUUUAGUUUAAAUUACAUUGAUGAGAAUGAUAGGUUUUAAAGGGACCGUCGGCCAAAACUGUGUUAGAAAUUGAACUACCUUAAAUCUUUUGCUCAAUUCAGCUUCAAAACUUUGUACUUGCUUUA